UUAAAAUAAAAAAGGGGGGCACUUAUAUUGCAGACUUGGGACUUUCUGAUACUAAAGGAGAUGGUAAAAUCUAUGGAGUCGUACCAUAUGUUGCUCCAGAAGUUUUACAAGGUCAACAAUUUACUCCAGAUGCGGAUAUCUACGCUUCCUUCCAAGGCAGAUUCGUGAACCUAAAUCACAGGUCUUUAUGGGUUUUUACGAUAAGUAUUCAAGAAAACAACUUAAUGAAAUUGACUCUCUUGGAACAGCUCUUGGAAAAGAAAAACCCGGAAGAAAAAGAAAAGACCUGGAAAGAGUCCCACCUAUCAUGCCAACUAGAAAAUCUUAGGAUUCCGCCUUGA